AUGGGAAUCUCCACCCCCGCUAUCAUCGUGGUCGUCCUGGUCGCCUGCCUGGCCGUCACAGCCCUGGGCGCCGCCCUCUUCAAGCACUACAGCCCUGCCGAGGAGGAGGCCCACUACAACCCAACCUACGAACAAGGCCACUACAUGCGACAGGUACGAGCCAGGAACUACGGCCACCUGAAGCAAGAAUCCAUCAGUAGUCGGAUAGAUCUCGAAUCGCGACUUACCACGGAGGAUGCAUCGGCUUACGUCUAUCCUCACCCUCACUCGCCCCGCGAGUGA